CAAUUCGUUAUCGGCCAGACCAAUCGCACCUACAACAUAAUCAUGGCCCAAGCGAGAGUCCUUUGUUACAUCCGGCUGCAAGGAAGCUCGACAGCAAAAUGGUUGCUGCGGUGAAGAGUUUGAAGGAGUCAGGUAUUUCCCGCAUUCAACAGACUCUCAAUGUAGUAAUAUGGUGGUGUUAACGAUGGCAAUAGGAAUCGGGGUUACUCAAACGCUUGAGAUCCUACAACAACAGAAUCCUCACGUGCCCCUACUUCCAAGGGACAUAUAUAAUGCUCGGGCUGCGAUCAAUCGCAACCCCCAGAAGGUUGAAGCAGGUAUUGCCGAGCAACGUCCUGCAAUUUACAGUAAACCACCACCAACCGCCGAGGAGCGCAUACGGUCUGACUUACGCAAAGAGCUGGCCCGGGCACGGGAAGAACUGGCCAAGGUUAGAGAAGAUAGCAAAAAGGAGAUUGACGAGCUCAAGGAGAAGAUUCGAGAAAAGGACAAGAUGAUCCAAAGGUUUGAAAUGUUUAUUGAUAUUUGCAACGAGCGUGUGAUGGUACAAAGAGAGCGGUUGAAUGACACAAGCGGGCCGAGCCACAACAAUGGCGUGCCUACGGCAAACUGAGCUUGACGAUGGAGGGAAGAACAUGCAUUGAUUAGAGCUGGGUAGGAAAACUUGAGUGAAAGCGGAAUGG